ACAGCAGAGAAAAUAACUAAAAACCUUAGAGCUAUGUCAUUUCAAUAGGAACACAAUUGUAAAUGUAAAAUAAAUGGUAAACUUUAACAUAUCCAUUUAACUUCCUAAAAAAUAUUUUACAUAUUUUACAAAAGCAGUAUUUUACAGUACACUAUAUACACCGUACAGCUUAAUUCAAUCUAAUACGCCAACUGCGCCAUUCUACAUUUACAAUGUAAUGUUAAAACUAUCUCGUUUCUAUAUAAAUAUAAACCGAGAAAUUCGGUUGUGGCGCUCGCAAUUGGGUGUAUUCUAUUCAGGGAUUAUUCUAGCGUUACCACCAUGGCAUAUAAAACGACGCACGAGAGCGUGCAGUGAAAAACGUGGAUAACAUUAACACAGGACAGACAUCGGUGGAGAGUUAAGGUAGCAGGAAGUGCAGUUAUACAAAUGAGGUUCCUCCCACUGUGUCACACAAGCCUGUCGUUACAACAUGAGUAUUUUUAAUUAAUAAAUAUAUCUAGACCGAGACAACUUAGAGCUGGAACAGCUGUAGUCCAUUCCAUCAAGCCGCUCCCUUGUUUGCCUUCCUCUCUGAAUCCUUUAAACGCAUGAGGAAGAACGACAACUAGAGGAAGAUAGGCGACUGUAUGCAUACCAUGAUCUCCGAAAGUGGGGACGGCAAUGCAGAGAUCGACUAUCCCCGAUCUGAAUUGAGCAUUUGCUCCGACUCGCCCGUGUCGUCUUCUCCGGAAGUGGGGCAGCUAAGUGGGAGACGAGACACCCAGACCACCAGCGACAGUAUUAUCCCCGAAGAGAGCGGCAGCAUCCAGCCCCUAGUGUCCUCAUCCGCGGCCGCCGCCUGCAUCAUGACUUCGGCGGAGUUCAUGCAGACCGCUCCCCUGCUGGCGCACAGGUCGAAGAGGAGCGUGCUGUACAAGGUGCUCUGCUUCUUCAUCCUCAUCUUCCAGGGCGGUGUUCUGGACUUCUACCUCAUCAUCUUCACCGAUUUGUACUGGUGCUCGUGGAUUGCCACGGACCUGGUUGUCAUCUCGGGCUGGGGAAUUUUCUUCAUGAAGAACGCGCGAAGCAAGAGAGAACGGGCCUGCGGCUUCCACCAGAAAAGCUCCAUCUUCGGUUGCAACCUCGGGGAGUUCACCUACGCCUACCUGGCCUGGCUCAUCUAUGUCAUCGCCUGCACGCCGAAGUUGGUGCUGGUCUUGGAGACAUCCAUCCUGGACCUGAUCGCACACAAGGUACCUUUCGGUGUCACCGGCUUCAAAAUCAUCAUGCUGCUUUCAGCGCCGCUGCUAUUCUGUCUCCUCAAUUCCAUAAUUGAAGAUUUAAACGGGGCGACAUGGCACCAUUCCCAAAGCUGCCUCAUGACCACAUGCCUGGACCUGCUAGACGGCUUCACGCUGGUGGAAAUUCUGCUAAGGAACGAGAUCCCCAACGUCUAUCUGAAGUAUACCGUUAUUUCGGUGUAUUUCGUGGCCCUGGCCGUGCCAGUGGUCUGGCUCUACGAGCUGACGGCAUCUGAGCUGCGGUUCCGGUGGCUGUGGGCUCGUUUUUCCACGAGCCUGCUGAUUAACGCGCCUCUGCUCAUGGUCAGAUGCUUCCUGGUGUUUGUAUAUAAGAUGCCGGUCUCGGUGUUCAUGUUCAAAAACAUCUUCUUCCUGGUGUGUAAGCUGAUGGAACUGGUGGAACAGUGUGCAGCGGUGAGGGGGAUUCGGAGGCUGGCCAGCGCGAGCAAUCCGGCCCAGUUCUCCCACUGCGUGUCGGAAAACGACAUGUGUCCGCACGGAUACGUUAACACUCUGGCCGUUACCCAGUCCUAGAUACGAAGAACACCGUUUUUUUCUCCGUGGAAAGUGGUUUGCUGCGCACACCUGCCUGGAAACAGCAAAUCCUAAUUUAAACCCGACAGGUCAAGGAAACUGUGCGGCAUCGGCGUACGUAUUUUCCACACAAAUUAAUGUGGUAGUUCUUUAUUUUGUACAGUUAUAUACGAAAGGUAAAAUCAAAAUGAAAAGUAACCAUUUACCUGGAGGCCCCAGUGACGCAUAUAGAUAAACAGACGUGUGUCAAUCGAAGGCCUCUGAGAAUCUGAGGAUGUGAAACAGUUGCAUACUCAACCAAUAUUUUAGUCUUGGUGAUUUUAUGACAGAAAAGACAUCUAUAGUGUAUUUAGUCCACAUCCAAUAUGUGAGUUUUAGAACUAUUUCACGUGUACUGCUGUAAUAUUCAUUGAGGAAAGUGGACCUGGGUUUUGCUUCAAACCUCUGCCCUAAUGUUUUCUGUUGGAGACGAUGUUGCCUCUCUGGUCUGUGCUGAUUAUAUAAAGGCUGAGAGUAUAGAAUAUCUUAGCGCUAUAGAUUCAGUAGUGGCAAUUGUUUUCUACAGCUCUUUUCCCAUGAACGUCUGCACAACAGGACUUAUCUGCUGCUGCUGUUUUGCUACUUUUACAACAAUGGUUUUUGGAUUGGAGUCUGAAAACAUCCCAGACUCCAGUUCCUUUGAUAGCUGGUAUAUUUAUCUCCUUAAUUGCUUAACCCAAUGUACACUUUAGUGUGGUCAAUAGAACUUUAGUGUUAAAAAGAUUGGCAGAUCAUGUUAAGCGAAUGGAUCAUAACAAUUUAGAAUCUUCACAUACAAUGGUGUUGCGUUCAACAGGUUGAAAAAAGAACAGAAUCCUCUAUAGACAACCUGACUAUGGUGCUCCUCCUUUUGGUACUGUACAUUGGUGAUUCAAAGAUCGGAUGAGUGUAUUAUUUACAAUGGUCCAUGUCCUAUAAACUAAUUACUGCUCUGGAUAAAUUGUGUAUAAAACUGUGUAUAAAUGUUCUAAAAGUACGGGAACAAGGUUAAAUUUGGCUGUUUUGGUUGUACACUAAAUAAAACUCAAGACAAAACCAGCAUAGUAAUUUCAAGAUAUUUGCGCAAGAGCUGUAUUUAAAAUAAUCCACUUCAUAGCACACUAUAUAAUCUACCCUAUGAGAAACAUGAUUUUGAAACCAAAAUGUCAAUUAAACAUCAGGUCCAUGAUGAGCCUCUAUGAUGACCUCUUUCAUAAUUUUGACUGGUCAGCAUGUUAGAUGAGUAUAUUAGAUUAUGCAAUAUUGGUCAGAGGGUUCUAAAUUUUAGUGCCUAUUAUUUUUGAAUGAAAUUUUAUUAGCACAAGGGUAUAUUUGCAAUUACCCAGCUUUCUUUGUUUUGUGGGCAAUCAAUGCAAACAGGUCAAAAAUUAAUGUGACUUGUGCCUUUUAAGAAGUGUGGGAUCAAUGAACAGUUUGCUUAAGUUUUUUAUUGUCAAAUGAAAUGUCAUUUCAUUUGUUUUAAAUUACAUAUGGGAAUACAGUAGAAAACUGGUUUUCCGUGUUGACUGACAUGAUUAUUAGUUCAAUCAGGUUACAUAGCUAGCACGUGUAAAAGCACCUUUGGUCAUGUAUGUUUGUAUGAAUGUAGACUAUGUUGAGAAUCAAUGACAUGGCCUAACAGGAUUUGUAAAUUCUGUUGUGCCAACAUCAAGUGAGACUUACAGUAGUUUACAUUAGAUGCAUGCAUUAGAUGUGGCUGAGACUUAACAGAGUGACUCAAAAAGCAAAUGACCAUAAAAAUCUAAUUAAAUUAUUGUUUUACAUAUUUACCUAAAUCCAGACAUUAAGGCUGGUGGUGUUAAUUGGACACUGAUGUAGAGAAUCUUGACUGUGUCAUACUUUUUUCUGCUUUAUUUUUAUUUAUUUUAUUUUUAUUUUUUUACUGAAGUUUGUUGCUUACGAAAGUAUUUAAAUUGUUAUAUUUUAUACAAUCUUGUAUAAAUUAUUUAUGAUUUGUUUAUUCGCAUCUGUAGCUGGAAAGGCUCUUUUUUCAUAUCAACCUUACUAUUGAGUUUCAUUACAGUCAGGCCCAUUUACAAUUCUUCACUGAAGUAGUGGACCUAAACAGCACAGUGAAAUGUACUACACUCAAAGUACCAAAUACUCUCUGUUCAGAAGUGCCAGUCAAUUUCAAAUGUUUUUUUCUUGGUUGUUUACAAAUAAGAUUUUACCUCUGCUAUGA